AUGGAGUUUGUUUUGAAAGGGACAAAUCAACCAUUGGUCAGAAUCUUGAAAACAUUCAUUACCAUUGACAUGUCCAGGAACAGAUUCUCGGGAGAGAUUCCGGAUUCCAUAGGGAAUCUUAAUUCACUCAAGUACUUGAAUUUGUCUUACAACAGUCUCACAGGGCAUAUACCAUCAUCCCUUGGAAGUGUGAAAGCACUGGAAUCAUUAGACUUGUCUUCAAACCGACUGAAUGGUGAGAUUCCUCGGAAGCUGACGAUGCUGAAUUUUCUUUCAGCAUUAAAUCUAUCAAUGAAUGAUCUUGUCGGAGAGAUUCCUCAGUCUGGUGGCCAGUUUUCGACAUUUGAUAACAGCUCCUUCAUUCGGAACUCGGGCUUAUGCGGAUUUCCUCUAACAAAAAAUUGCAAGCAAGAUCCCAUGGCUCCUCCUCAAGAAAGCAUUUUUUAUUAGUUUAUCCCAGCCGGGACUCCUAAAGCGGGAUGCCCGAAAUUGAUCAACCGGGACUCCUAAAGCGGAACGGAGGGAGGACGUGUUAUGAUUCUGAGUACAAAUCGGUUAGACCCAACCCAAUGAGAUCAUCUAGAAAAGGAGAAUGAAUCCAAAGACUAGACCGAAUCACUUUAGGCAACAAUGUGACUCCCCCGAGUUAGUUACAGGGAAAUUGUAGAAUAAACUUG